ACCACAGUAAUAUAUAGCAGGUUACAUGCUAUGUUGGUUAGGUUUCUUAGAAAAAGUAAAUUUUUAAUUCAUUCUGUUUCAUUUAUCCCAACAACAACAACAACAACAACAACAACAACAUUACUGCAUCUGCAAAGAAUAAAAACAAGAAGCUUUUAUUCCUUAUCCAAAACUACAACACAGUGUAUCAGCUGGUUUGAUGCACAGCGCGUACAAAGCUUGCGAAAGGCAAGCUUCUGGAACACAGAUGACAAUGACAAUGAUAAUGUCAUAAUCAACAAACAACCCACCUUUCCCCCGAAUCUUCAUCACCGUGGUUACAAGGAUCACCGCAUCAUGGUCGACUCAGCGCGUUUAUUGAAAGUUUUACGACAAGCGUUCCAGCUGAGCGCACAGGAAGCGAAAAAUUUGUUUUUCUCGACAAGUUUGAGGUUGAAUCAUGAAAGGGUGAUAAAGAGGUCUACCAAGGUGAAAACAGGAGACUUGGUUGAUAUUGUGCUAGAAGUCACUGAAGGUGAAGUAAAAGUUAAAAGAAUUGAAAUCAUGGACGUUGAGAAAACUGACGAUGCCAGGUUUUGCAUUUGGGUUCGAAAAUGGAGGUUUUUAAAACUUGAAAGAAAAAAGUGAAUAAUGGUUUCUAAAUAUGUUGUUGCAUUCUUACUUUUAAUAAAAUGUAGGUACAUUAGGGUGGGAUGGGACACCUUCUAAGGAUGCUUGUGUAUUUUGUGCUAAAGGUGUCCCAUAUUUCCCCACCCCACCAUGUGUUUUUAACUGUUAAGGCAUGUUUUAACCAAUGUCGUUUUGUCGUAAUUGUUUUUUCUGCUAUUUUAAUAUUCUAAAACCUUCGCUACCGUAAUCGAAGAGACAAAUAAAAGUUGUUGUUAUUGUUAUUAUAAUUACAUUAUCGAUUUUGAGACAAUAAUUUCAACAAGAAUGUUUUGGCAACACAUCAUUGUAUGGGAAA